UUUCUUACCCCUAACUAACCUCAUUUCAAAGUAAGCAUCUUCAACUCAGAUAAGGAAUCUAUUAAAACCAAAUAAAAAAAUAAGUUCAGAUCACCAAUAAAUAAAGAAAUAACUUAUAAGGAAAGAAAAGUAUCCAACUAUCCGUAGACCGAAAAUUUGUUUACCCAAAAACAAAAAAGUUCAGAAGAAGAGAAAUGGGUUCCCUGGAGGAGGAUAGAUCGCUCUUGGAAGAUGGUCUUCUUCAGAAUGAAGAGAGUGGACUUUACACUGGCGAUGGCUCAGUUGACCUAAAAGGAAACCGUGUGCUGAAGGAGAAUACUGGAAACUGGAAAGCUUGCCCCUUCAUUCUAGGUACCGAGUGCUGUGAACGUUUGGCUUACUAUGGAAUUUCCACUAAUCUUGUUACGUAUCUUACGAAGAAGCUGCACGAAGGAAAUGUCUCGGCAGCAAGAAAUGUUACUACUUGGGGAGGAACUUGCUAUCUUACUCCCCUUAUUGGAGCCAUCAUGGCAGAUGCUUACUGGGGAAGAUAUUGGACAAUUGGUGUUUUCUCCACAAUUUACUUUAUUGGAAUGUGUGUUUUGACUAUCUCAGCAUCAGUUCCAGCACUAAAGCCUCCAGAAUGCAUUGGUUCUGAUUGUCCAGUGGCUAGCCCAUCACAAUAUGCAGUAUUCUUCGUUGGACUUUACAUGAUUGCGCUAGGGACUGGUGGGAUCAAACCAUGUGUGUCCUCCUUUGGGGCGGAUCAGUUUGAUGAUACUGAUUCGAAGGAGAGGGUAAAGAAAGGAUCCUUCUUCAACUGGUUUUACUUUUCUAUAAAUAUUGGUGCUCUUAUAUCAAGUAGUCUUCUGGUGUAUAUUCAAGACAAUGCUGGGUGGGGUCUAGGAUUUGGCAUUCCUGCGUUGUUCAUGGGAAUUGCCAUUGCUAGUUUCUUUGCAGGCACACCUCUCUAUAGGUUCCAGAAACCUGGGGGAAGCCCUAUUACAAGGAUGUGCCAAGUUAUGGUUGCAUCAUUCCGUAAAUGGACUUUGGAGGUCCCUAAAGACAGCAGUCUCCUAUUUGAAACACAAGAUAAAAUAUCUGCCAUUGAAGGAAGUCGUAAACUGGAACAUACUGAUGAACUAAAGUGCCUCGAUAGAGCUGCUAUCAUAUCUGAUGCAGAGAAUAAUAGCGGCAACUUCUCUGAUCCCUGGAGGCUUUGCACUGUAACUCAGGUGGAGGAACUGAAGAUUGUGAUCCGAAUGUUCCCCGUUUGGGCUACUGGGAUAGUCUUUUCUGCUGUAUAUGCACAAAUGUCUACAAUGUUUGUGGAGCAAGGCACAAUGAUGGACACAAGCAUUGGUUCAUUUGUCAUUCCUCCAGCCUCUCUCUCGUCUUUCGAUGUCAUCAGUGUUAUUUUCUGGGUUCCUGUUUAUGACAGGAUAAUUGUCCCAAUUGCAAGGAAAUUUACAGGCAAGGAAAGGGGCUUCUCAGAGUUGCAAAGGAUGGGAAUUGGCCUCGCUGUUUCAGUUCUGUGCAUGUCUGCUGCUGCUGUGGUAGAAAUUAAUCGACUGCGGCUAGCCAAAGAACUUGGCUUAGUUGACGAAGCCAUACCUGUGCCACUUAGCAUCUUAUGGCAAAUACCCCAAUACUUUUUGUUGGGUGCCGCCGAGAUAUUCUUUUUCAUUGGGCAACUUGAGUUCUUUUAUGAUCAAUCUCCUGAUGCUAUGCGGAGUUUAUGCAGUGCAUUGGCUCUUCUAACAACUUCAUUGGGAAAUUAUUUGAGUUCUUUUAUUCUGACUGUCGUAACUUACUUCACAACCAAAGGUGGGAAGCUGGGUUGGAUACCUGACAAUCUGAAUGAGGGUCAUCUUGACUAUUAUUUCUGGCUUUUGGCCGGACUCAGCUUUCUAAAUGUGCUGGCCUAUGUGGUUUGUGCCGGAAGGUACAAGCAUAAGAAGGCUUCUUAAGGGGCUCUCAAGGAAGGCUUCUUAAGGGGCUCUCCAGGAAGGCUUCAAUUCUGAGAGAGCAUUAAGCUACAGGGGAGAUAGUGUGGAAAGGCUGACAGUUCCAUAUACACUAUGCAAGAGUUAUGCUCUCCUUAGUUUGUAAAUAACCACUGCAAUGCAAUCUCCACAAAUAUUUGAAUUUCUUUCCUUUGAUUUUAGUUGGAAAAAAUGAACAUGUAAAUUAUAUUGUUUUCAUGUAUUUAGUCAAGAACUUUUGAGUUUUAGCUGUUGAUUCAAUACAUACUUCUGUGGAGAUUAUAAAAGAACAAUCUAUUGCUUUUUCUUUCAA